GUUGUUGUGUGGAAUCAUCUCGCAACAUAAUAUAAUCGUAAUUUGUCUUAAAAGUUAACCUGCUUUAACUGGGUAAUUAUUAUGGGCAGCUGCCAUUUGCAGUUUUUAACGAAAACAAGCGACUUGAUAUUUUUAUUCGCCAAAAGAUGAAACACGAUAACGUUCUGUUAUGGAAAUGUAUAGAGCAUUUUUAAUUAGUCAUCACAAACAAUUGCCUCUGUUUUGCAAAUUAAAAACUUUAGCCAACGGCGGAUUUCCUUUGAAUCAAUAACUCAGGAGACGAGAUCCUUUGAAAUUUUCUCGGUCCCAUUUUACCGUAAGUUGUGUUUUUUUUUUUCCCGUAAUCGAUCAACUUAAAGGGCCUUAGUCAGCCACACCUUUGUCUUUGUAUACAUGCGAGGGUUGGUUAGUGGAUUAUAUUCGGAGCGUAUCGAAACGAAGAAAAUCACUGUAAAACUUCUAAAGAUAAUUAAACAUACUUUCAGGGCCACAACUUAGAGUAGAGCAAUAGGAUUUUGCUUCACCAUGCAAUAUCAAUCAUUCCGAUGGCACUGAGGCUGACAAGGGUCCUUUAAGCAGAAGAUCGCCUUAUGCUCCUCUAAAAAACUACCUGACGAGAAAUAUGCUCACUUGCUGUGUGGUAGUAAAGGUUCUUGUGUUUUUUUUUUAAUAAUCAAUUCUUCCCUAGCACGUAAAAUCCGAGAGAGGAGAUGCUGGCUAAUAUAAGACUUGAACUCCAACAAACGGGUGACGUUGUCAAAAUUACUCAGUAACAGAUCAUUAUAAUUUGAAUUGCUUUAGGGACUUGAGAUUUUUCGGGAUUUCUCUUUAAAAAAAUAUUCAAAUCUUUAACUAGUCUGACACUAGCAUAGCGAAAAUUGGCAAGAUUUUGUCUCUGAAUUUGAAAAAGUAUAUAAAAAUACCUGAAAUAGGAUGAUUAAUCGGAAGCUUGUCUUAUAUCGCAAAGGUUUUCAAUGGUAAUGCUCACAAUAACGCCAAAAACAGUUGAACUCGCACCGCGGUUUGCAACAAUAUUUGUCACUAGACGAUAUGUGAUUUUGGAAUAUAUGGACGCUUAAGGUAGGUUUAAUUUCAGUCAAUGCGCAUCAAUAUAAGUAUUUACACGUAAAUUUAUUUUGUAAUGUCUCUUUUUGAUCAUCAUAUCCAAUGGUUACUAUGGUAGUAAUAUUCGACUGACAUCGCAUACCUCAUGUUGGUUUUAUAUUUAAUUUGCGCCCAAAAAAUACUUGAAACUAAAGAACAUGGGGACUUCUAGAGUGAAAAUUGUUUAAUCAUUUUGUCAAUAUAAUAAUGCGUCACCAGUCAGUGCGUAAUACAAUCUGACGACAAGUUCUUUAAAUUUAUUAUUUAACGCUUUGAUAUAUUUAGAAACAAAUUUUCCAUAUCAAUAAUUAGUUUAGCUACCAAAGGAAACCAAAUGCAAAUUGUGAUGAUAAAUACAGCGUAAAAAAUUGGCAUGAUUCCGAAGUGCUUUAUAUGACGCCUCUUACCGCUACGCUGACGGACCACUGUAGAACAUGAUACUUUGAACUUACGUAUGUAGCAGUGAACAGGUUGAUGUCAGCCUGUUCGAGAAACGCUAUCCUGCCCCACACAGGUUAAAAAUUCAUUUAGUAGUUGCAAUUCAACAACAUUAGCAGAACUUUCUUACUCAUGUUCAGUACAUUAAAGGUGUACGAUAAGUUAUUGAUCAAGUGAGUUAGAUCGAACGGGAAGCUGACAGUAUUUGGACCUCGAGCCAAAUAUAUUCCCGGCCGGCCCUCCCAAUCAGUCAAUAUUUGUACACGCUUUUGUUUAACUCUUCCUGUGAAACAACAUCCGGUGUAAACACCUGCCGCAAUGGUUUGAAUCAUAAGUUAAUAAUAAAUGGCAUGACUCAGGCUGACUAAGGUUACCAGAGAAAAUAGGAAAAUAAUACUUGCAAUUGCUUUUUGUUCUCUUUUUCAAAGCAAGAAAACACCAAACAUCUUACUAUAGAAUAUACUCAUUUUAAAAUGUGUGACGCAUUUUAUCCAUUCAAUACAGGGGGAUUUAACGAAAAUCUCGGUCUUCAAAACUGCCGUUCAUUAAACGUUCAGCUCGUUUAAUAUGAUUUUAAGCAAAAUUGUUAUCCUUCCUUUAAAUACCUUUUUGUCACCGGAAAUUGAAUAAAUUACGGACAAAAGGCCACUAAACCAUCGACAAAAAACGACAAAAGUAACUCCGACGAUGAAGCAAAUCUGAUGUGAAAUGGACUAUGAGAACGCGUUAAUGCAUUGACAGUUAUUGAUUGAAAUCAAUCUCAUAUCGAAAAGGCCCACUCUAUAUACCAAAAUCACCAACCAUCUAGUUGCAAACUGCAAACAGUUGCAGGACACUUAGCCUUCAAGGGAGCUUUCUGUUUACGCUGUAAGCUACCACCGACACUGAAAACCAAACCAGGGGACGUGCAAUAAUUGGUGUUACGACCAGCUGGAGAAAGCUGUAGAAUAGUGUCGGAAAUACCUUCGUGACAGGACCUGAGAGGAAUAUAAGAAAAUGAGAAAUUUAACAACAGAUGAAAACCACACGACAGUUCAACAGUUAUUUUGCUCAACAGGUCUUUAUGGAAUACAUCUUAAGAUAUUUAUUUCAGCACUGAAUAUUCCUCUAUGUGUCUCAGCAUUUCUGGGAAAUAUUCUGAUCAUUGUAGCUAUUAAAAAAAUAUUGUCUUUUCAUCCACCGUCUAAACUUCUGCUCAGCUGCCUUGCAGCAGCCGACCUAUGUGUGGGUGCCAUCACGCAGCCUCUGUUCGUCAUCUACCUCAUGACUCCAGAGCACUCGAAACUUUGCUUUUAUAUUGACGUGUUUUUUGUUUCAAUAGGCAACAUAUUUUGCGGAGUAUCUGUGCUGACAGUGACCGCAAUAAGUGUAGACAGACUUCUCGCCCUUUUGCUGGGGCUACGAUACAGACAGGUAGUAACUUUAAGGCGAGUUCGAAUCAUCGUAAUUACUUUUUGGAUUGUUUGCACAUUCCUUGGAGUUAAUUUAACUUACAACCACCGAAUAUCUUACUACAUGGCAUUCGUGGUUUUUAUAUUGUGCAUGGUGACCUCAACGUUCUGUCACUCGAAAAUCUAUUGCACACUUCGCCAUCGCCAAACUCACGUGCAGAACCAUGUUCAGCAAGGACAAGCGAACGGAGGAGCAAUUCCAUUGAAUAUUGCAAGAUAUAGGAAGACAGUGUCCAGUGCGUUGUGGUUGCAAAUGGCAUCACUGGCUUGUUAUUUCCCUUGGCUUAUAACAAAUGUUUUCUCACAAUUCUACGUACCUGGGCCGUCUCUUGACUUUGCAUUAUCUGUAGCAGGUACUCUCUUUUUGUUAAACUCCACUUUAAACCCAAUUCUGUACUGCUGGAAGAUGGGGUGUAUAAGACAAGCAGUGAAGGACACAAUCAGACAGUUUUGGUGUUUUUCGAGUUAACUGCGUCGCGAUUGUAGAUUAUGGGGAGUCUACUCCACGGGGAGUUGACAAUAAAAUUUGUAUUGUAUUGUAUUGUAUUGUAUUGUAUUGUAUUGUAU